AUGGAGCAAACUGAAGAAGGAACAGGGAUCAAAAUCUACAAUGCUGAACCCCCACAAGAAGAUGAGCCCAUUCCAUACCCCUCCACCACUCAGUGUGCUCCAGGAGGUGGCCGGAAACGCCGUGCCGUCGCAAACGGAGUACAGAAAACCCUAUCGAAAACUUCCAUGCUCGCCAACUUCCUCCCCACCGGAACACUUCUCACAUUCGAAAUGGUCAUUCCUUCCAUAUACCACAAUGGUGAAUGCACUCCGGUCAGCACUUUAAUGAUCCACGUCCUAUUGGGAUUGUGCGCUCUUUCGUGCUUCUUCUUUCACUUCACCGAUAGUUUCCGAGGACCGGACGGAAAAGUGUACUAUGGGUUUGUGACCAAUAGGGGUUUGGCUGUGUUUAAGCCUGGUCUUAAUGUGGAAGUGCCUAAAGAGGAGAGAUAUAAGCUUGGUUUCACAGACUUUAUCCACGCAAUCAUGUCAGUGAUGGUGUUCAUGGCGAUCGCGUUGUCAGAUCAUCGGGUGACCAACUGUCUGUUUCCGGGGCACGAGAAGGACAUGGACGAAGUGACGGAGAGUUUUCCAUUAAUGGUUGGGAUAGUUUGUAGUGGUUUGUUUCUUGUGUUUCCCAACACUCGAUAUGGCAUUGGCCCCCAUUCAUGGCAUGGUUCGGCAACGGUUCUUAACCACCAAGCAAAUAUACCCGCCAAAAGCUCCAACUGUAAUUGGAAUGUCGAUUCGGAUUUCAAAAGGCAACAAUGCCUCUCUCUCCUCAACUCCUGCUCUUCUCUGGAUCAGCUCUUUCAAAUCCAUGCACAAAUCCUAAUCGCUGGUUUCCAGAAAGAUGAACAAAUUGUAGAUAAAAUCAUCCAAUUUUGCGCACUACAUCCCUCGGGAAGCUUGAAUCACGCAAGACAAGCUAUAAAACAAUCCGAAAACCAAAUACCCUCUUCGUGGAACAAUCUCAUCAGGGGCUACGCUACUAAGGGCGAUUCACCAAGAGAAGCCAUAUGGGUUUUCCUUGCAAUGCGACGUUCAAGAACCAGACCCAAUGAGUUCACUUACCCAUUUCUUUUCAAGGCUUCUACUACAUUUUCGGGGCUCAAAGAAGGGCAACAAAUCCAUGCGGAUGUUUUGAAGCACAGAGUGGAUGAUGAUGUAUAUGUGCAGAAUACUGUGAUUCAUUUUUAUGGGUCUUCUAAGAAGAUUGUAGAUGCAUGCCGGAUGUUCGAUGAAAUGUUGUUUAGAACUCUCGUUUCUUGGAAUUCAAUCAUUUCUAGCUGUGUUGAUAACUUGUGGUUCUAUGAAUUGAUUAAGUACUUUGUCAGGAUGAGAAAUUGUGGGUUAAAGCCGGAUGAGACCACGAUGGUAAUUCUGCUUUCUGCUUGUGCUGAGCUUGGAAACCUGAACUUGGGAAAAUGGGCUCAUGCCCAAGUUAUUGAGAAAGGGUUGAUUGUAAAUUGUCAAUUGGGUACAUCCCUGGUUGACAUGUAUGCCAAGUGUGCAGCUGUGGAUUAUGCUAGCCUAGUUUUUGAUGCCACACUUGAACGCAAUGUAUGGACUUGGAGUGCGAUGAUUCUUGGGUUAGCCCAGCAUGGGAUUGCUACCAAAGCCCUUGAACUUUUCAGAAAAUUGAAGAAGAAUGUAGUUCAACCUAAUUAUGUGACAUUCCUUGGGGUCCUCUGUGCUUGUGGCCAUGCUGGACUGGUGGAGGAUGGACAUAGAUUCUUUCAUGAAAUGGAGCAUGUGCAUGGUUUCAAACCUAUGAUGAUACAUUAUGGUGCCAUGGUAGAUGUUUUGGGUCGUGCUGGUCGUCUAAAAGAAGCAUAUAACUUCAUCAUUCAUAUUGUAAAGGAUAGAAAUCGCUACGGGAUUUCAGCCCCCCACUCGAAGGAUUCUGACUGA